AUGUCAUUCCUCGGUGGUGCUGAGUGUUCUACGGCGGGAAACCCAUUAACACAGUUUACCAAGCAUGUGCAAGAUGACAAGUCCCUCCAACGGGAUCGACUUGUUGGGAGACACCCUGGGGGAAUGCAGGAGGGCAUACGGUCGGCAGGGAUGAUGGGUGGUCAAGAUCAGAUGAUGGACGAAUUUGCUCAACAGUCGGGGCAGAUCCCAGGCGCUGCUCCACAGCCUUUUGCAAUGGAGCAUUUGAGACGCGAGUUGGACCAAUUUCAGACCACCCCGCCUCGAACAGGCUCACCGGGUUGGGCAGCCGAAUACGACCCCGGGGAACACGCUCGGAUGGAGGCGGCCUUUGCUGGUCCUAAGAUGAUGAACGAGAGCUCGGGAUUCACACCAGCGGAGUUUGCUCGAUUCCAGCAGCAGAGUCGGCUCGGGAUGCCUCAGACGUCUAGUCCAGUGACGUCCGGUCCGUCACCGAUGAUGGCUGGCUACCAGCGUCCCAUGGGGAUGGGAUACAUGGGUAUGGGAGGGAUGGGCAUGAUGCAGUCCACCUACGGCCCGAUGGGGAUGCAACAGCAGCCAGCGGAGGCUGUGACGCAGGACAAGGGUAAGGGGCGUAUGGUCGAGCUGGACGAUGAGAAUUGGGAGGCUCAGUUCGCAGAGAUGGAGACUGCUGGCAAUCAGACAUUGGACGAUGAGGCCAACGAUGCUAUUGAGGCGGAGCUGAACGAUCUAGACAGGUCAGUCCCCACCACCAGCACCGAUAAAGAUGCAGAUUUUGGUGCUUUUGAAAGCGUAUGGCACAGAGUCCAGACUGAGGCGGCAACAAAUAGGAAACUGGCAGAGGAACAAACCGAUUUCAAUAUCGAUGAGAAUCUUCACAUGGGAGAUUUGGGCGACUGGGAUAGCUUUGAUACGCUCAACAGCCGUUUUCGUGACCCUCAGCUGGGCGACUACAUGUUCGAGGAAGAUAACGUGUUCCGAAACGUGAACAACCCCUUCGAAGAGGGUGUUAAGAUCAUGCGCGAGGGUGGCAAUUUGUCCCUAGCGGCCUUGGCCUUCGAAGCCGCCGUGCAGAAAGAGCCCCAACACGUGCAAGCCUGGACAAUGCUGGGAUCUGCUCAAGCCCAGAACGAAAAGGAGCUCCCUGCGAUCCGCGCCCUGGAACAGGCCCUGAAAAUUGACGAUAAUAACCUGGAUGCCCUUAUGGGCCUGGCCGUUUCUUAUACUAACGAAGGCUACGAUUCUACCGCAUACCGCACCUUGGAGCGAUGGCUCUCUGCCAAGUAUCCCCAGAUCAUUAGCCCUAAGGACGUCUCGUCGGACGCAGACUUAGGAUUUACGGACCGUCAAAUCCUCCAUGACCGAGUUACCGACCUUUUCAUUCAGGCAGCUCAGCUGUCGCCCUCGGGAGAGCAGAUGGACCCCGACGUGCAGGUCGGACUGGGAGUGCUUUUCUACUGUGCUGAGGAGUAUGAUAAAGCUGUAGAUUGUUUCUCGGCCGCGUUGGCGUCGACCGAGUCUGGAACGACGAACCAAAAGGAACAGCUCCAUCUGCUGUGGAACCGUCUCGGAGCCACGCUUGCCAACUCGGGUCGCUCCGAGGAAGCCAUCGAAGCCUACGAACAAGCCCUCAACAUAAACCCUAAUUUUGUUCGGGCCCGGUACAACCUCGGUGUGUCAUGUAUUAACAUCGGCUGCUAUCCGGAGGCCGCACAGCACCUGUUGGGUGCCUUAUCAAUGCACCGUGUGGUUGAACAAGAAGGCCGGGAGCGUGCGCGCGAAAUCAUAGGGGGUGGAGAAGGUGGAAUUGAUGACGAGCAGCUUGAACGGAUGCUUCAUAUCAGCCAGAACCAAAGCACAAACCUUUACGAUACUCUGCGUCGUGUAUUUAGCCAAAUGGGACGUCGGGAUUUGGCUGACAUGGUUGUGGCUGGGAUGGAUGUGAAUGUCUUCCGGAAGGAGUUUGAGUUCUAA